CUGGAAACCCAAACGCAGAAGACCAGAACCUGGAAAUGGUCCGUUGUUUAUCUUUGUUUCUAUGGCUUCAUGGUGCAGCUGAAGCCUGGAGAGCCGUUUAUCACACCAAACCUGCUCAGUGCAGAGAAGAACUUCACUAGGAACCAGUUGACACACAUGACUGUGGAACGUUGUUUUCAAACUCUGAAACAGCUACUGGGGUCUGGCAAGCCAUGUGAAUACGGUCAGAGUUCAAAUUCCUCCAAAGUGGGUCAGAUCUACUUUGAGGAAGGAUUGAAACAAACCUGCUGACUUAUUAUAUGUGGAUUUAUUAACUGUAAGAUUGCUUUUUUUUUUUUGUAAACGCAUGUAAACCCUCAACAGAAUUUGUACUCAAUGUACUGCUCUUAUCAGGCUCUAGCUGGGUGUUUUUUAAAUAGGGUUAGUAAAAGCCAUAAAAUUAGUCAACCACAUGCAGAGAAUAUCUGUAUGGGAAUUUUCCAGUUAAAUACUGCAAAACUGAUGGGAGUAGGUGCCUGUUUUGACAUGUUUUUAGCCCAGUGUCCAUGUCAUAAAUGAAGACACUUUUGUUUAGCCCAAAUUCUCUUUCACAUUACAUAUUUUUACUACAUGUUAACAUAUUUUAGUAAAUAAAAGGACAUCUAAAAGCUGUUACAUUCAUGUCUUCUUGUUUAGGUACCUAAAUGCAUGUCUAAGUUAUAAAUCAGGCAGAGUAUGGAUCAUUCAUUUGGUUGAAUUAUUCAGGCAUUAUUUAGUCUGAUGCUUUGAAAUUUGCAUCAAACGUCUUUGAUAUAUUAACAGUCAUUACCCGUGUCAAUUAAGUUUAUAAUGUAAUGUAGUCAGUUACAAUUAAACUAGAAUAAAAGCUUAUUCAGAGCUUUAUUCAGAAACAUGCUUAGUUCACCCAAAAAUUCUGUCAUUAAUUACUCACCCUCAUGCCGAUCCAAACCUUUGUUCAUCUUCGGAAUAUAAAUCAUCUUCCGGUUUCAUCAGAAAUAUCUUAAUUUGUGUUCCAAAGGUGAAUGAAGGUCUUACGGGUUUGAAACGACAUGAGUAAUUAAUGACAGAAUUUAAAUUUUUGGGCGAACUAAGUGGAAAAUUUUGUAAUGUAUCACCUGAAUGUAUUUUAGAUUAUGUCUAAAUAUUGUCUUAUGUCAAUUUAAAAUGUAUUUAUAUUUAUAUAAUAAUUUACCAUUUUAGCAUUAUGAUGUUGUGACAUUGUGUUUGCCAUGUAAAUAGCCCUGAUGCAAACCUGGCACUUAAAAAUGGAAAAACUAAUAAACAAACAAUUAAACUAGAAGUACAAAGGUCAGUGUUACAUUUGUGCUGUAUAAUUGUAACAGUGGUAUGUAGUAAAUGUAAUUACCCUCUGUAAUGUGAAUUAUUGUUUUAUGUGACAUAAUAAUGUUAUCCAAAACAAUAAUAAUGUUAUGCAUAACAUAAUAACAUAAUGUUAUACAAAACAUCCUCAAACACUAAACAUGUCCUCAGAUUAUGAAUGAUGGGCUUUAACAGUGGCAUAAGCAAAAUACAUAUUUCAUUCACCCUAAUGAUUCACUUUUUAAAUAGAAAGAACUGUAGUUCAAAAUUGACCCCUUGUCCACAAUUUAAUAUUAAUACUUAAAGGGGAAGUUCACUUCCAGAACAAAAAUUUACAGAUAAUUUACUCACCCCCUUGUCAUCCAAGUCAUUCAUGUCUUAGUUAUUCAUUCAGUCGAUAAGAAAUUAUGCUUCUUGAGGAAAUAUUUUUCAGGAAUUAUCUCCAUAUAGUGGACUACAAUGGUGCCCCCAGUGAACUUCGAAUUUUUGAAACAAAUGUACAAUUUAUAUUUUUUAAACCUUAAACGCUCGCCUGGUCUCUGUUUUUGUGAGCUCUGUUUUUUCUGGUUCAAGAGAGUUAGGGUAUGUCAAAAAAAAAACCUCCCAUCUCGUUUUGUUCCCCAGUUUCAAAAAACAUUCUACAUUGCUGCAGAAUUACUAACCCAGUGUUUACAAACUGAACAUGCAAAGAAAAUAAAACGCCCUUUACAAAAAAAGGUAAAACAGCAAUGUAGGGCGAUUUUGAAGUUGACUGUAUUGUAUUGACCUGGAUUACACAGGCUACACAUGCACAUCGCAGAGACAAGACAAGAUGAGCAUUUGAGGUUAAAAAGUAUAUAAAUUGUCAGUUUAUUUCGAAAAUGACAGUUUAUUUCACUAGAUAAGACUCUUCUUCCUCCGUUUAGAGUCAUUUGAAGCUGCAUUUAAACUGCAUUUUGGAAGUUCAAAUUUUGGGGCACCAUUAAAGUCCACUAUAUGGAGAUAAUUCCUGAAAUGUUUUCCUCAAGAAACAUAAUUUCUUUACAACUGAAGAAAGAAAGACAUGUAUAUCUUGGAUGACAAAGGGGUGAGUAAAUUAUCUGUAAUUUUUUUGUUCAUUUUGGGUCAUUCUAAACCUCUGGUAAAUGAAGUCCUGGGUUAUCUUGUUUCACAAUGUUUAUACUUUACCUAGGGUUAACAAUUAAACUGUUCAUUAUCUGACAUUACACACUGUACGUUCUUGAUGGUGAAGGUUACAAAUGAGAUCAACCCAGUCCUCUCAUAUUCCUAUAUGGCCGUGCUGGUGCCUGUUUUUCUACUGACAGAUUACCUACGGUACAAGCCAGUGCUUAUCCUUCAGAGUUUGAGUCAUGUUUCCAUUUGGCUCUUGCUGCUUUUGGGAACCUCGUUGCUGGAGAUGCAGUUCAUGGAGUUCUUUUAUGGCAUCACCAUGGCUGCCCGUGUGGCGUACUCCUCGUACAUUUUCUCACUAGUACCAGCUGCUGUUUACCAGCGUGUAGCCAGCUAUUCUCGCUCAUCUGUGCUCAUGGGCGUCUUCACAAGCUCUGUGCUAGGUCAGAUGUGUGUGUCUCUAGGACGUGUAUCAUACUGGACGUUAAGUGCAGUCUCUCUGGGGUUUGUCACUUUUGGGUUACUCUUGUCCUUAUGCCUACCAUGGCCCAAGCGUAGCUUGUUUUUCAACCAAGCCCGUCUGGAAGAGGAAAGGAAGGAAGCAGCUCAAUCGGAAUUGGCCAGAAUGAAGCCUGGCAAUGAGAAGGAUGGCAGUGUGGCUGCACAAGGCAGUAACCACAAAUCCCCUUCCUGGACAAAUUCAGUGUUUGUUCAAAUGCUGAAGGAGUUAAAGAAUGUAGUGAAAGUACCUAGUUUAAGACUUUGGAGCUUGUGGUGGGUGUUCAACUCCACUGGUUAUUAUUUAGUUUUAUUUUAUGUACACAUCUUGUGGAAUAAAGUCUACCCUGCCACAGAGAACAAACAUGUCUACAAUGGAGCGGUUGAAGCUGCCUCUACAUUAUUAGGUGCAAUCACAUCGUUUGCAGCAGGCUAUGUGAAAAUUCGAUGGAACCUUUGGUCUGAACUGGUGAUUGGAUUGAUCACUGGGGCACAGGCCAUUCUACUGCUUGUCAUGGGCGUAACAAAUGAUAUCUGGAUUUGCUAUGUGGUAUAUGCUCUGUUCAAAGGCUUCUACCAGUUUCUAGUUCCAAUCGCUAUUUUCCAGAUUGCCUCCUCUCUCACUAAAGAACUGUGUGCUUUAGUGUUUGGAGUAAACACUUUUCUUGCAACAAUCCUGAAAACGAUCGUCACUCUCAUUGUGGCAGAUAAGAGGGGAUUGGCUUUGGAUGUUCACUCUCAGUUUUUUGUUUAUUUCUUUUACUUCACUCUGCUGACAGUGAUUUAUCUGAGCUGUAGUGCCUUUAUCAUCACGUGUCAUUACCGCAAUCAAAGAGCAGUGGAGGAGACUACAGAGGAAGUGGCCAUAGCCACUGAACUUAGUCCCAUGACAACAGCUGCUAGUGAAGGCACAACGGCACAUAAUGGAACCACCAUCAAGACAUGAGAUUCAAAGAAAUUGUGCCUAAGGUGGAGUUUCUCUAUCUUUUAAACUGUUACUUCAAAAUCAGAACGUUUUAUUAUUAAGUAUGAAUAGUCUUUGUUUUAUUUUGUUUGUCCUAUUGCUCAUUAUUAGAAUAUAAAUAAUUACUACUUUGCAACCAUUCAAUCCAGUUCUCUAAUUGAUCCAGGAAGGCUGAUUUUUAUUAUAUGUCCUUAGAAUAUCUGAUUGCGGUCCAAUGGAAGCUGGGGUGGAGUUGUGGGAUUUUUGUAUGGAGUGAGGACCAUUUUUGUCAGUGUUUUCUUUAACUCCAGGAUUUUUUUAACACUAGGAGUAGGAAAUAGAAAACACAUAGUGUUGUUAACUUGGAGUGAUAACUAAAUUGUGAUGAACAAGGAUGGAAUAUUGCUCCAUAAACACUUCAGUCUGUGCAUUGCUUGAUGACACACAAAGCUUGCUGCUUUAGCACCUUUGGAAGUUUUUGCCAAAAGAAAAAAAAGUGAUCAUGUUUUGAUGGAAAUGCGAGUGUUAACUUUAUAGAACCUGUAUAAAAGAAAAAUCACACAAACAUGAUUGUACACAAGACACUUGCUUAGUUCUACUGUAUUUUAAAAGUAAUUACUACUGUUUUUUUUUUAAUUAAUAUUUUAUAGUGUGAUCAAAUAACGAGCUGCAGACCACGUCUUAUUACAAAUAAAUUGUUAAAGUGUUUAAAUAAUUUUCAUUUGUAUGAAUUUGUCAUUUUGUAAAAUUCCUAUUGUUUCAAACCAGAAUUACAGGAAAAUAUGCCUUAAAGGAUUAGUUCACUUCCAGAAUAAAAUAUUCCUGAUAAUUUUCUCACCCAA